GUCGGCAGGCCACGCCUAAAUGGCAAAGGCCGCUAUCAGACCAAGCACAUCAAGAAGAGUGUCAGCGUCGCAAAGAAACUCGAGGUGUUGUCCUUCUGGGCAAAUGCGCCGAAGCCCAAGAUAAAACAUACAAUCGCCCAUUUCUGGCACGAUCUGGCCCCCGAGUUCUAUAACUCGAAGCGCACGAUGAUCCAGCAUUGGCGGCGUGAAUCGGCAAAGCUUGAGGCUGCUAUGAAAAAUAGCAAAGGUAAACAUUUAAAGGUGCGAAGCUUAGGAGUUGGGACGAUCCUCCCACCAGAGGUAGAACUAGAAGUGGUAUUCUGGGUGAACAGUUUGCGCAAGGAAGGUGUGCCAGUAUCGCCGCGCAUGCUGGCCCUACAAGCACGGCGGGUUGCAGCUGAAGCGGGCAUCAGGAACUUCCGAUCGUCUGACAAAUGGAUUCAAGGAUUCCGAGGCCGCCAUCGCAUGAGCAUGCGAGUUCCAACUCGUCAAAGCCAAAUCAGCCCCGAGGAU